GUCCAGAAGCCAUCGAAACCAGUUCUGACCCAGUCAACAGUUCCAGUCAACAGUCUAGAACCGCCCAUUUCAGCUCUUUUAAAUGUCUGUUCGCACCUGUUUUUUUUUUUUUUUUUGCUUUAUACCUGACUAAAAAACUUUUAUUUUCACAGAAGGAGCAGCAGAUGGGAAACGUAGAUUUCGAGGACCGAAGCCACCGCUUGAGAGAUCUGCCUUUGCUUUCCACUGACUUCAACAACUGGCUUCAGUUGUCGGACUGGGACCGUCUGGAUGGAGCGUUCAGGGACAUCCAGUCCUACUGGAGCGUGCUGGAGAGGAAAAGGAAGCAGCUGGAGAAGGAGCAGAACACGCAAAGGACGGCCGCCGGUCUGUUUCAGAGCAUCAAACACAUUCAGCUGGACUUACGGGACCUGAUGAACCAAGUCAGCAGUCAGAUGAGAGUCGUAAGAAGUUCCUGGGUCAGACCGAUACCUGCUGCAACGCUCCAGAACCGACAGAGGAGCUCCAGAACCGUGUGGGAAAGCAGAGUGGAGGGCUACAUCAUUCUGAGGGACCUAGACCUUUACCUCACCAAACUAGCAAGGGACUUUCUUCUGCUGGCCUCCAAGACACACUUGUGACACAAAAGACUGCUUAGACAGAAGACUUGGGACAAAAACUCAACCAUAAGCCCACAGCUAUGGGAUUAACAGCUGUAUAACAUUAAUCUGAGCAUCGGAUUACGUUUUUUUUUCAAUGAUGUACUUCUGAAUAUCCCAGGGCUUUUUGGGGGUAUUUCCCAAAGUUUCUAUCUUUCCUCUAAUUGGAUGUUAGGCACAUGUCUCCAACAGACGACCAAACAUCCUGUUUUUACACCACCGCCUCAAUCUUCAGGACUUUCCAAAGAAGUAUUUGCUAUUUAUUAUUAUAUUUAUUAA